AUGGACAUGGCCUCGACCACAACAGCCGCAGCCAUGCCCUCCCGUCCCACGGCCGGCAUGGGCAUGGGCAUGGGCAUGGGCAUGGGCGGCGGCACCGGCUGCAAGAUUUCCAUGCUCUUCAACCUCUACACCAUAGACGCCUGCUUCCUCUCGUCGCAGUGGAAAAUCACCUCGGCGGGCAUGUUCGCCGGCUCCUGCAUCGGCGUCUUCCUCCUCGCCCUUUCUCUCGAGUUUCUCCGCCGCUCCGUCAAGGAGUACGACCGGUUCCUCGUCAAGCAGCAUCGCGCCAAGUACGCCGGCCAGACCGCCAAGCCCAGCACCUCCGACUCCGCCACCAGCAAGGACGGCCUGCAGGCUCAAGCUCCCGCCGGGGCGGCAUGCGUCCGGGUUCCGCCGUUUCGGCCCAACGUCUGGCAGCAGGGCGUUCGGGCGUUGCUGCACCUGCUGGUCUUUUUUGUGGCCUAUAUCCUCAUGCUGCUUGCCAUGUACUACAAUGGCUAUCUCCUCAUUUGCAUCUUCCUCGGCUCCUUCAUCGGCGCCUUCGUUUUUCAGUGGGAGACCCUCGCCGGAGCCCAGGAAAACACGAGCGCGGCCCAAGAAGCAACCGUCUGCUGCGGAUAA